AUGUGGCAAGAAGCAAUUAGAAAGAAGCGGUACCUCCUGGACCGGGCUGAGGGGUCUGGUGGGGGAGAUAAGGGAGGUCAGGAGAGGAGGAGCACAUCCCGGGACUGGUUGUAUGAAUCGUACUACUGUAUGAGCCAGCAGCAUCCGUUGAUUGUGUUCCUGCUGCUCAUAGUGAUGGGAGCAUGUCUGGCUCUGCUUACUGUAUUCUUUGCGUCAGGACUGAACGUUGAGGACCAUGUGGCCUUUGUAAUCACAGUGCCCACAGCGUUGGCGAUCUUCCUGACUGUAUUUGUUUUGGUCUGCAUUGAAUCAAUUUUCAAGAAGCUUCUACGGGUUUUCUCCCUUGUCAUCUGGGCCUGCUUGGUUGCGAUGGGUUACCUUUUUAUGUUUUCCGGUGGGAUCGUCUGUCCAUGGGACCAGGUGUCCUUCUUUUUGUUCAUUGUGUUUGUGGUUUAUACGAUGCUGCCAUUCUCCAUGCGGGACGCCAUCAUCGCCAGUGUUCUCACUUCUGCAUCACACACUGCUGUGUUGAGUGUCUGCUUGUCCAAUACAGCAGAUCACAUGGAACCUGUAGUGUGGCAGAUUUUGGCCAAUAUCAUCAUUUUCAUGUGUGGCAACAUGGCAGGGGCAUACCACAAACACCUGAUGGAGUUGGCACUUAAGCAGACAUAUCAGGAUACCUGCAACUGCAUCAAAUCCCCCAUAAAACUGGAAUUUGAAAAGAGACAGCAGGAGCGUCUGUUGUUAUCGCUGCUGCCAGCACAUAUAGCUCGUGUGAUGAAAGCAGAGAUCAUUCAGAGACUAAAAGGACCAAAUUUUGGUCAGAUGGAGAACACAAACAAUUUUCAUAACCUCUAUGUCCAGAGACAUACGAAUGUCAGCAUACUCUAUGCCGACAUAGUUGGAUUCACACGCCUUGCCAGUGACUGCUCACCUGGCGAACUGGUUCACAUGCUAAAUGAAUUGUUUGGCAAAUUUGACCAGAUUGCCAAGGAAAAUGAAUGUAUGCGGAUAAAAAUCCUUGGUGAUUGUUACUAUUGCGUAUCUGGCCUACCAGAAUCGCUACCAAAUCAUGCCAAGAACUGUGUCAAGAUGGGGCUGGACAUGUGUGAGGCCAUCAAGAAAGUGCGUGAUGCCACAGGGGUUGACAUCAAUAUGCGUGUUGGCGUGCAUUCAGGAAACGUUCUGUGUGGGGUCAUUGGACUUCAGAAAUGGCAGUAUGAUGUUUGGUCACAUGAUGUCACGCUGGCCAACCACAUGGAAGCAGGAGGUGUACCAGGGCGAGUCCACAUUACAUCAGAGACACUGGAGCACCUAAAUGCAGCCUAUAAAGUAGAAGAUGGGGAUGGACAAGAGAGAGACCCUUAUCUUAAAGAGCAUGGGGUUGUCACAUAUUUGGUCAUUAACCCAAAGGUGGAACGUCGCAGCCCGCAGCAUCACUACAGGCCGAGACACACUCUUGAUGGAGCAAAGAUGAGAGCCUCUGUCAGGAUGACCCGCUAUCUGGAGUCUUGGGGGGCAGCCAAGCCUUUCGCUAAUCUGCACCACAGGGACAGUAUGACAAAUGAGAACGGAAAGAUCAACACAGCCGAUGUGCCAAUGGGGCAGUAUCAUUUCCAGAGUCUUGCAUUCAGGACCAAGUCUCAGAAGAAGCGAUUUGAGGAGGAACUUAAUGAGAGGAUGAUCAGGACCUUUGAUGGCAUUAAUUCACAAAAGCAGUGGCUCAAGUCUGAGGACAUCCAAAGAAUAUCAUUGUUUUUUCACAAUAAAUCGCUGGAAAAGGAGUACAGAACGACAAUCCUGCCAGCCUUCAAAUACUACGUCACCUGCGCCUGUCUUAUAUUUUCCUGCAUUUUCAUUGUGCAGAUACUCGUCUUACCAAAGACAGCAAUCUUGGGAAUAUCUUUUGGUUUGGCAUUCUUUUUCCUCUCCUUGAUUGUCUUCAUAUGUUUCAUUGGGCACUUCAUGCACUGCAGCAAAAGCGGCCCCACUUCAUGGAUGUGGCUGCUAAGGUCUUCAUUCAUUAUUGCCAACAAGCCAUUAGCCCGGAUCACACUCACCUUGACAACCACAGCUCUCAUACUCACUAUGGCAGUAUUUAACAUGUUCUUUUUGGAAGACACUCCAUUGCCUCCAAUUUCUGAAUACAAUUCCUCCAAUGAAACGCAGCUUUCCCCAGACGCAGCUGCUCUCAUAGGAAAAAACAACUUCUACCUUCCUUAUUUAAUUUACAGCUGCAUUCUGGGCCUGAUUUCUUGCUCUGUGUUCCUGAGGAUAAACUAUGAGUUGAAAAUGUUAACCAUGUUGACAGCUGUGGUGGUUUACAACAUCAUUAUUCUCCAAACACAUGCAUCCCUGUUGGAUGAAUAUAGCCGAUUCCUGUACAGAUCUGAAAGCCUAGACAGACCAGGAGUCCUCAAAGAUCUGAAGACUAUGGGUUCUAUUUCACUCUUCAUCUUUUUCAUCACUCUACUCGUGCUUGCUCGGCAGAAUGAAUAUUACUGUAGGUUAGACUUUCUGUGGAAGAACAAGUUCAAGAAGGAGUGCGAGGAAAUCGAAACUAUGGAAAAUCUCAACCGUGUCUUGCUGGAGAAUGUCUUGCCCGCACAUGUUGCUGAGCACUUCCUGGCACGGAACUGGAAGAAUGAGGAUCUUUACCACCAGUCUUAUGAUCUGGUAUGCGUCAUGUUUGCCUCCAUUCCAGACUUUAAAGAGUUUUACACAGAAUCUGAUGUCAACAAGGAAGGAUUAGAGUGUCUCCGGCUUCUCAAUGAGAUUAUUGCCGAUUUUGAUGAGCUAUUGUCGAAGCCAAAGUUCAGUGGUGUGGAAAAGAUCAAAACUAUUGGGAGUACAUACAUGGCUGCUACAGGGCUCAACGCCUCACCUGGACUGGAGUAUUCAUCUCAGGAACAUGACAGGCAGUACAUGCACAUUGGGACAAUGGUGGAGUUCGCAUUUGCUUUAGUUGGGAAGCUUGAUGUCAUCAACAGACACUCCUUCAAUGACUUCAAACUCAGAGUUGGAAUCAACCAUGGCCCGGUGAUUGCUGGAGUUAUUGGAGCACAGAAACCACAGUAUGAUAUAUGGGGAAACACUGUGAAUGUAGCCAGUCGAAUGGACAGUACAGGGAUACUGGGAAAAAUACAGGUGACAGAGGAAACCAGCCGCAUCCUUCUAACACUGGGCUACAUGUGCUCCUGUCGAGGCAUCAUUAACGUCAAGGGCAAAGGAGAGCUCAAAACUUACUUUGUUCACACAGAAAUGACCCGCUCACUGUCUCAAGGGAAUUUGGUGCCAUGA